GAAAUAGCAAACUCUCUCUCUCAUCAUCUAGAGCUUUUGUUCUUCAUUUUUAUGUGCGGUCUCUUACAAUGAGCUGUUGAUUGCUUUCUAUGUCUCAGCCCAACAACAAGCGCUCGGCCUAUUCAAACACCACCAGCACCAGCACCAGCACUUCCGGCAGCGGAGCUCAUUUUCCGGCAAUGAAAAAGGCCAAGUCUCAGGCCGUCUGUUCUCUCGACAAGAACGGCAUCAGACACCAACCCCAACACAUCCACUAUGACACCGAUAUGGACCUCGAGGACCCUUCCUCCAUGAUCGAAGAUCCUAACCCCAACGACGCCGUUGAUGCUUCCGCCCUCGCCCGAGCUCCAGCCGGCGGCGUCACCGCCAAUUUGUCCCGUAAGAAGGCCACGCCGCCGCAACCGGCGAAGAAGCUCGUCAUCAAGCUUGUCAAAGCCAAACCGACAUUGCCCAUAAAUUUUGAAGAAAAUACAUGGGCAACACUGAAGUCAGCUAUUACUGCCAUAUUCUUGAAGCAGCCAGAUCCGUGUGACUUGGAGAAGCUCUAUCAGGCUGUCAAUGACCUUUGCCUGCACAAGAUGGGGGGAAGUCUCUAUCAGCGGAUUGAAAAGGAGUGUGAAGCACACAUAUCCGCUGCACUGCAAUCUUUGGUUGGCCAAAGCGAAGAUCUAGUGGUUUUCUUAUCACUAGUUGAGAAGUGCUGGCAGGAUUUUUGUGACCAGAUGUUGAUGAUCCGUGGUAUAGCCUUGUAUCUUGAUAGAACAUAUGUGAAACAAAGCCCGAAUGUGCGUUCACUGUGGGAGAUGGGCUUGCAGCUUUUCCGCAAACAUCUUUCCCUAGCUUCAGAAGUUGAGCAUAAAACUGUAUUUGGCCUUCUUAAAAUGAUCGAGAGUGAACGGUCCGGUGAAGCAGUUGAUAGGACUCUCCUUAACCAUCUUUUGAAGAUGUUUACUGCCUUGGGAAUCUACUCAGAAAGCUUCGAGAAACCAUUCCUUGAACGUACGUCAGAAUUUUAUGCUGCUGAAGGCGUAAAAUACAUGCAACAAUCAGAUGUUCCAGAUUACUUAAAGCAUGUAGAGAUAAGGUUGCAUGAAGAACAUGAAAGAUGCUUGCUCUACCUGGAUGCUACUACAAGGAAACCACUAGUGGCAACUGCAGAAAGGCAACUCCUUGAACGCCAUAUAUCUGCAAUUCUUGAUAAGGGUUUCAUGAUGCUGAUGGAUGGGAAUCGCAUUGAGGACCUUCAAAGGAUGUAUUUGCUUUUUUCAAGGGUCAAUGCUCUUGAAUCAUUAAGGCAGGCCCUUAACUCGUAUAUUCGGAGGACUGGGCAGAGCAUUGUCAUGGAUGAAGAAAAAGAUAAAGAUAUGGUAUUCUGCCUCUUGGAAUUUAAGGCAUCUCUUGACACAGUAUGGGAUGAAAGCUUUUCUAAGAAUGAAGCCUUUUCCAACACCAUCAAGGAUGCAUUUGAGCAUCUCAUUAAUAUCCGUCAGAAUCGACCUGCUGAACUGAUUGCAAAGUUUCUGGAUGAAAAACUUCGUGCUGGGAAUAAGGGUACAUCAGAAGAAGAAUUGGAGGGUACACUUGAUAAAGUCUUGGUUUUAUUCAGGUUUAUACAGGGCAAGGAUGUAUUUGAAGCAUUCUAUAAGAAGGAUCUUGCAAAAAGGCUACUGUUGGGGAAGAGUGCUUCCAUUGAUGCAGAGAAGUCCAUGAUCUCUAAGUUGAAGACCGAGUGUGGAAGCCAAUUUACCAACAAACUUGAAGGAAUGUUCAAGGACAUUGAAUUAUCAAAAGAAAUCAAUGAGUCUUUUAAGCAAUCAUCCCAAGCAAGGACAAAACUCCCAUCAGGAAUUGAGAUGAGUGUCCAUGUCUUAACAACAGGGUACUGGCCAACAUAUCCACCCAUGGAUGUUCGGCUUCCCCACGAACUUAAUGUGUAUCAGGACAUUUUCAAGGAAUUUUACUUGAGUAAGUACAGUGGAAGGCGAUUAAUGUGGCAAAAUUCAUUAGGUCACUGUGUGCUGAAAGCAGAAUUUCCUAAGGGUAAAAAGGAGUUAGCCGUUUCUCUCUUUCAGACUGUUGUUUUGAUGCUGUUUAAUGAUGCCCAAAAGCUCAGCUUUCAAGAUAUUAAAGAUUCUACUAGCAUCGAGGAUAAGGAACUGAGGAGGACUUUGCAGUCCCUUGCAUGCGGAAAAGUUCGUGUCCUCCAAAAGCUGCCCAAAGGGAGAGAAGUUGACGAUGAUGAUUCAUUCCUGUUCAAUGAUCAAUUCACUGCUCCUCUCUACCGUAUUAAGGUGAAUGCAAUCCAAAUGAAGGAAACAGUGGAGGAGAACACUAGCACCACUGAAAGAGUAUUCCAGGAUCGUCAAUAUCAGGUUGAUGCUGCUAUUGUUCGGAUAAUGAAGACGAGGAAAGUGCUAAGUCACACACUCUUGAUAACUGAACUCUUCCAGCAGCUCAAGUUUCCGAUAAAGCCAGCUGACUUGAAGAAGAGGAUUGAAAGCCUCAUUGACCGGGAGUACUUGGAGCGAGACAAGAACAAUCCUCAAAUAUACAAUUACCUGGCGUGAACCAUCUUCCACACCAGAUUCCCACCUUGUAAAUGGCAUUGGAAAAUGCAGUCCUCUUCAAGAAGUUGGAUGCUCAUUUCCUCCCGUGUCAGUUUAUGUACAGUAACUUCCAUCUUUUAGUCUUUUGUUGUGGUCAAUACUGUAACUGUAAAGCAUAUAUUUGUUUUUGCUUUUUCCCUUUUGGGUUUGCAAUGGACAAAGAGUACAUGAAAUAAAUUUAACUUUGUUAUA